AUGGGAAGUGCAGGACGCCUCAUCCUCUUUGCUCUCCUCUACAUUCUGUACAUUUGUCUCGGGGCCGGCGUCUUCAUGGCCCUUGAGAAGCCGUACGAGCAGGAACUGGCCAGCGACAUCAUCCGCAGGAGAGACGGGUUCCUCGAUGCCCACACCGAGUGCAUGACUGUCGAGGAGCUCGACCAGUUCGUCAACGACAUCGAGGAGGCGUUCCAGUUCGGCGUCACCUACGCGGUCGCCGUCAACUCAACGGCCAACACCAUGUGGGAUUUUGGAGGAUCGUUUUUCUUUACCACAACUCUUUUGACAACCAUAGGUUACGGGCAUGUGUCACCGCUGACAGUCAAAGGUCAACUCUUCUGUCUAUUUUUUGCUCUGUUUGGUAUUCCUUUUACGUUCUUCUUUCUCGGUACAAUCACCUACGCCGUCAGCAAACCUUCGCAGAUACUCCUUGACUUCCUAACUGAAAAAUUCGAUCAUAAAGGAUCGGGUGCCGGCGUUCGGGUGUGUCAUCUUUUCAUCCUCUUCGUCCUCAUCCUCGCCCUAUUCUUCCUCAUCCCUGCCGCCAUUUUUACCACUUUAGAAAAGAGAUGGAACUACUUUGAAAGUUUUUACUUCAUCUUCGUGUCCCUCACCACCGUGGGCCUGGGCGACUUUGUUCCCGCCACCGCUUUCCGUGAAGGGAGCGUCUACGAGAGCACACGAUCGAUCUACUUUAUAAGUGUAUCACUCUACCUUCUCCUCGGUUUGGGCAUGAUGCUGCUCCUGGUGGAUACCGUCAUCAAGAUCCCUCAGAUCCAGCGGCUUUGGGAGAUGACAACUCCCGCCUCCUCGGCCGCCCCAUCGGUCACCUCCUCCAGGAGCUCCUCCCCGGCUGCUCUCCAUCGGGAGCUGCUGGCGAAGAACCCGUUCGGGAGCAAGAGGAAGUCAGAGGAGGAGCGGGAGCUUACCAAAGAUGCGGCCCCCAUUGGCAGGAGCUACGACACCAUUCAGGAUAAGAAGGAAGACUCAUGAAAUGAGGAGGCGAUGAUGUUGAUUCACCCCGAUGAACACCGGUAGAAUUUCAUCAAUGGCAUUAUUUUACUGAAGAACAGAAACAGAGUUUUAAGGCCUUAAUGUAAAACACAUGUUAACAGCUCGUGAGAGAAAGAGAGAGAGAGGGGGGGGGAGAGUGACAGAUGGUGUUAGGGUGUGCUUGAAAGAGUGGAGUGUGUGCGUAUCAGAUUGCAUGACAGAAAAAAGGAAUUGUGUGUCUCAGUCGGAUUUGGUGGUAGAGAGAGAGAGAGAGAGAGUGUGAGUGGAAGAAAGGAAGAGAGAGCGGGAUGGUUGAUGUAUGUGCGCGUGUGUGAGGGUGUGUGUGUGUGAGAGGGUGUGUGUGUGUAUGUGUCAAUGUGGAGUGCAAGUGUGUAAUGUGUAGUGUUUUUGCACGUGAAAUGGGAUGAUGGAUGUUUGUUCGUAAGUUUAAUAUACGAUUUUAUUGUAGGAGGGAGAGCUAAUUGAAACAAAUUGUUGAAUAUCUUUAUCAUGUUUAUUGUCGAUAUAAUUAUGAGACAAUAUGUUUCACAUGCACCUUUGAGCAAGAGAUUUACUCACCUCUUUCGAAAUCGUCGUCACAAAGUCACAAGUUAAUCAAACUUAUCGUUGUUUCUUUUAUCGAUGUCGAUGUCAUUUACAUUAAGAUCGCGUUCGUGAAUGCGAACUCAAACGAGCGUUGCCUCAUCACUGCCACCAUCAUCGCCCAUACAUGUCGAUCUGUAAACCAAUCUAUUUUAGAUCACCUUUGGAAGAGAAUAAUAUGUUGGAUUUUUAUUUUUAUUUUAUUUUAUUUUUGAUAGAGGGGCGCACUUUAUGAAGAGAUAUGACUAUUCUAACCUUGCUAUUAUGGUAACUACCACGGAUACAUUGAUUGUGAUUGGCUGCUGAGCCAUGUUACCGCGACAGUUUGUUAUAAUGGCAAAGUUACGAUAGUUGUGUGUUUUAUGAAACGAACCCUGGGUAUGGUAUUCUGAUAGCCAUGGUUAGGUUUAACUUGGGUUAAUAUUAGACAAUACUUUUAUGGAACGCCAGUUGUCAACUUAUUCAUCAAUUAAGAUUUUUCUUAUCCUUCCCUAAAAAAAAGUUGUAAAAAAUUAAUAUUGUAUCCUGAAAUGGGAAAAUAGGAAAAUAAAAAAAUAUAGUGAAUUUCAAUCAAAUAAAUUAUUACAUUAUAAUUGUCACAAAUAUGGAAGAAAUAUUAUGAAGCCAGCAUUCCAUAGAAGUGUGGUUUAAAAUUGCAAUUUAGACUUGGGUUAAACCUAGGUUUAAUUAUCAGAGUACCACCCUGGAUGUUUAGUUGACAUAGUUGUAAUUCUGGUGUUUGCAAGUAUUUCAAUUAAGUCUGUUCAAUACAAUCAUUUAGAUAUAGAAAUUGAUUUGCUCAACACACUGAUAAGGAAUAUGAGUAUACUGUGAAUCCUUUUAACAUAUUACUUCACGUUGAGUGUUUAAGCACGUUUCAAGUCCUAAGUCACCCGCGUCGUAUGUCCGCAAUGCAUAAAGUAGUAAGGUAACUUUGUCAUUAUGGCAACUACAAGCCAAUAACAGAAUAAAAAUUUCAAUUGAAGCUAAUCCAUACUGGCAAAGUUACCAUGCACGGUUAUGAAACGUAACACUGGCUAAGAGAUCUUCAUUAAGUGAUGAUUCAUGAAAAUUAAACAUUUGAAUACUACCGAACGUUAUUUCAUAGUUUAAUGAAGUUAUACACGUCGAAGUAUUCUUUUUAUAUUUACUCUUUAUAAAUCUUAAUUGAAAUUAUUACUGUUUAUAUCUUUGUCCAAACUUAUUGACGCAGUAAUCAUCUUUGAAAUGUAGAGAGAAAAUAUUGUACAAAUUGUUUAUUCGGUCACACUUAGUGGCGUAUUUCCUUAGUUAUUUUUAAAUGUAGAGAGAAAAUAUUGUUCAAAAUUAUUUGUUUGGUCACACUUAAUGGCAUAUUUCCUUAAGUAUGUCACAUUAAUGAUUUUUAAAUGUACAAAGAAAAUAUUGUACUCAAUUGUUUUAGUAUGUCAUUCCAUUAAGUUGAUAAUUUUCAUUUAGUAGGGGUGUCUGUUUAUGUUCACGAUAAAUACCUUCCGAAAUAUGAUGGUUAAGGUUGUUAAGUUUUAUCUAUUGGUGACACGACAUUUGCUCCGGCGACAAUUGCUCUGGAAUUUACUGCAGUAGGGUUUUAUAUUAAGUUUAUAAUAUGGUGUAGUGUUAAAAAGAGGGGUGAAGUUGGUCGUUCCAUUAAUGUGUUGAAUUUACAGCGGAGUAAAUGUCAUGGAACUGGUGUUUAUCUGGAGCUGUCUUGGAAGACAUAUGCAACCAUAUAAGUUCAAUUGCCACGAAAAACAAAGAGAAAACGAAAGAAAGAAAUAGGAAUAAUUCAACGACUUACUAUAUAUAUAUUAUGGCUAAAGAUAAAAAAUGGCGCUUUUAUGCAGCAUCUUGUAAGGUUUUUUCUUCUUCUUUAGGUUCGAAGCCUUUGGUUUCUUUAGGCUUAUUGGUCGCCUUCUUGGGUAUGGACUUCUUGACGGGGACUUCCUUUCUUUAACAUGCUGAAGGGAAUUUCUGGAGCUCCUUUGUAAAGACGGGGGGGGGGGGGGUGGUUGAUCAACUAAAGACACAAACAGACCUUGUUUGUAAGAUUAUGGAAAAUUAAAUGUGGAGAUAAAAUCUAUACAUAGCCCAGAGGCAAUCUAAGGUUUCAUCAAUGCCUAUUUUGUUUUUAAAGUAGCUCGAGGGUUUUAAUUUAUGUUUUUAUAAUCAGCCUUUAUAAUUAACUGACAUCUCAAAAGGUUUCAUCCACUCAAGGCUGGAAUCACAACAUAACAUCUGAACAAAGGGGCGGUUGAAUGCAUAAAGUAAUGCAAAAUCAAUUGCAAAUAUGUAUUCCUUUAUUGAUAAAUAAAUUUUUGUCAGUCGAUUUAUACUUGUAUUCUGUGCUGCGAAAAAAAGAGUAGACAUUACAAUUUUUCAAGAUCAAUUUCCAAUUUCCUAUUUCAAUGACCAAUUUCCAAUUCAAAUGUCCAAUGGCCACUUGGUGUUGGUUUCUACUUUCCAACAUUGAUUUACAAGACUAUGAUUGCAGUUCCCAAGCUCGGAUCCGAGGAGGAAGAGGGGGUGGGGCGCAUCCCGUAACCCCCCCCUCCAAAAAAGGUUAAUAAUUUCAUCCUAAGACCAAAUGUCCUUUAUUUGUGAGUGAUCAUUUUUGUUUGUCUGUCAAAUUUGUGGGACAAGAUGCACGGCUGGUAAAACCCCUUGACAAUAACUGGUCAUGGAUAUUGAUGAUUGCUUUCUGAAACUUCAAUGGGUUAAAUUGGAAAGUGUGAUUUGCAUAUUUACAAAAGAGUAUUUUAUUGGGAAUAAUAAUAUUAAAUAAAAGUUUUGCAGUCAUUCGAGAAUGUUCGUAUAUCGAUUCCCGGUAUAUUCAGGCUAGUGAGUCGUAUAUAUAUUUCAAGACAGAGCGUCAAAAAAUGGGUUAAGUCUUUGACCAAAUAUCCAGGUUCUUACAAUAUUAAGUAAAUGCUAUUGUAUGUUUCUGUCUUAUUAUUGUUGUAACCUCUUCUUCAACCCGUUUCUUCAUCCUUCUUUUUCUCUCUCCAUCUCCUCCUUCUCAUUCAUUUUCUUUUUCAUAAUCAUGAUUAUCUUAUUCAUCAUCUUCUUCAUCAUCAUCCUGAUUAUUAUAACUGAUUUCUUGUUAUUUAUUUUAUUGUCAUUAUACCCUGAAACAAUUUCUACAGAGAAAAUUUAUUACUGGAAUUAUUUCUAUUUUUCGGCCGCAUGAAAAUAAAUCAUUAUUGCUUCU